AUGAAUUGCAAAGCGAAGAGGAAUGAAAGCUGGACCGGCAUUGCGGCAACACUUUUAGAUGGAGGGAGGACUGUCCACAGUCUUUUUAGAUUGUCUGUACCGUUUGUGAAGACAAGUACUUGCAAUGUUCCUUCUACCAGUAAUCAUGCCAUAUUCCUGAUGCAACAAGACUUAUACAUUUUUGAUGAAGCAUCAAUGAUCCCUAAGCAUGCCCUUCAACCUAUCGAGACCAUGUUUAGGGAUAUUUCUAAUGUUGACAACUUAUUUAGAGGAAAAGUCAUUCUUCUAGGAGGGGACUUUCCACAAACUUUGCCAGUAAUGAAGAGAGCCAGACCUGCUAAAAUUGUAGAAACAUGUCUUAAAAGCUCCUAUAUUUGGCCAGCUGUUCAGAAUGAUCAAUCACAUGUUGAUGCAGUGUUUGAUGGUAACUUGGCAGAUUUUGCCAGUAGGAUUAUUCUGACCCCUACAAAUGAUGGUGCCCUUGAUAUUUAUAACAAGAUAGUAAAUAAAAUUCCAGGGCAAAUAGUACUAUAUAACAGUGCUGACUCUGUAGUUUCAGAUGGUCCUGAAGAAAUUGCACUUUAUCCAGUCGAGUUUAUCAAUUCAAUUACACCUUCUGGUAUGCCACCACACAACCUGCAACUAAAAAUAGGUGCACAACAUGUAAUCGAUGCUGAAAUCAUUACUGGUGUUGCUUCUGGUAAAAAAGUGGUAAUACCUAGAAUUCAAUUGGCGCCUUCUGACACUGGUCUUCCUUUUCAGCUACGAAGACGUCAGCUUCCUAUACGUUUGGCCUAUGCUAUGACAAUUAAUAAAUCUCAGGGACAAACAUUUAGUAAAGUUGGAAUUUAUUUUCACAGACCAUGCUUUUCUCAUGGACAAUUAUAUGUUGUAUUUUCACGUCCACGUUCCUUUGAAGAUGUGAAGGUAAAGAUUCGUCAAACAGAAGCUCAAGGUUAUGUUCAGCAUAAAUGUUAUACACCAAACAUUGUUUACAGUCAAGUGCUUUGGAGUGACAAAUAA